ACGCCCACUAUCAUGAUAACGGCAGACUUGUUGAUCUGCCGCCGUCGAGUUCAAGUGCCACUGACAACGGCAGCUGCUGUUGCGCUUGUCCGUCGCCGGGAACUGUUGUACUACGAGUUCCGGAUCCGUCGCCCGGAAGCCAUUCCGACUGUGAUGCUUCUGUGCCCGUCGUCGAAAUUGUGGUGAGUGCCGUUUGGGACGCGCACGGCACGACAACACCAUGUCGGUCACCGCUGCCCUGACCGCGCUGGUCGCAUGCAGUUCCUUUUGCCCGUUGACCCCCACCGCUGCCGAUUUUCUGUCAUCCGGUACAGACUUCCAACCACCAGCGUCCGACGACCAGUCGCAACAGCCAUCAGUCGAGUUUCAGAUGACCCCCGACCAGCUCUACGGUCAGAAUCAAGUGGAUAAUACUCAAGAUAGUAUUGAUAAUUCAAAUGUUGAUGUAUCUCACCAAUUUCAUUUACAUGAAUCUUCUGAAUGGCCUUUUCCGCAGAAAAUUGAUAAUCAUAUUGGACAAAUUUCUGGUGUUUCCAUAAGCAAAGACAAUUUGGUAUAUAUAUUUCAUAGAGGUGAUAGAGAAUGGAAUCAAACUACAUUUUUUGAAAAUAAUGUGUUCAGAGAGAAAAAUAAAGGACCAAUUUCUGAACAGGUAGUUGUUGUAUUGGAUCCAAAAAAUGGUUCAGUAAUUAAAAGAUGGGGUAGUCACAGGUUCUAUAUGCCUCAUGGUAUUACUGUUGAUCAUGAAAAUAAUGUCUGGUUAACUGAUGUUGCUCUUCAUCAAGUAUUCAAAUUUGACCAUAACUCUGGAAAUGUAUUAAUGACUUUUGGUACUGCAUUUGAACCUGGGACAGAUUCAAACCAGUUUUGCAAACCUACGUCAGUAGCUGUAACAACUAGCGGUGAAUUCUUUGUAGCAGAUGGAUAUUGUAAUUCACGUAUUAUUAAAUAUUCUGCUGAUGGACAAAUACUGUUACAAUGGGGUCGAUCCACUUUAGUCACAGGUGAGAUGCUUGUACCUCCUUACCAAUUGUGGAUUCCACAUGCUUUAACAUUGGCCGAAGACAAAGAAUUGAUAUGUGUUGCUGACCGUGAAAAUAGCAGAGUAUUAUGUUUUAAUAUUAAUAAUGGAACCUUCAAGUUUGAAAUUAAUCCACCAUUAUUUCAACGUCUGUUUAGUGUUGCAUAUUCGCCAGUAGCCGAUGGACUAUUUUAUGUACUUAAUGAUAAAAAUAUGGAUAUAGUAACUGAGACAAUAGCACAAGGAAUUGUGAUUAAUGCUACAUCACUGGAAGUAAUUGGACAAUUUCAUCCUAAAUAUAAUGAAUUCUUGCGACCUCAUGAUAUGGCUGUAAGUCCAGAUGGAACAUCCGUUUAUGUUGUGGAACUAAUAAGAUCUCAUGUACGGAAGUUUGUGUUAGAUUCAGAUAUCAAAAACAAAUUUAUAAAUCAAAGUAAUGAUUCAUUUAAAUUUUCGUUGGAUGAUAUAAUAUUAAACAAAUAUAAUGUGCUAGAAAAUUGUCCUGGUCUAAGAGAAAAUUCUGGGAAACAAAUUUUAGUGAUUAUGUUAAUAAUUGCUGUUGGCUUGUUUUUCACAGCUGCUAUAUUUGUAACUGUUUUAAUAUACACACGAACUAAAUCAUUAGCUCACCGAAAAGAAGUUGCUUUCAGUCGCUGGCAACCUCGGACACUUAACGCUGCUGAUGGAUUUACUUUGGGUAACAUAUUCAAUAAAAAACAACGAGCCGGCUUCGAAAAACUUGCGACCGUUGAGGUGAGCGAAGACGACGACGAUGAUGACGAAAAUGAUCUGAACGUGAGGGCUUAAUUAUUGAAAUACUAAUAAUUUAAUAACAAUAUCGUGCUAGUAGAUUCAAUUUAUCGCUACGGUUGUUAUUAUUUGUAUUUAUUAAUUUAUUUUAACACCGUUUUUCAACGGGCCUAUAUUUAGAAUACUUCCCUAAAAUUUGUCAGCUAAACAUUUAUAUUUAUAUCGAUCUGACCCCAUAUUACACACAUACACCCUUACCAUACAACACUCCAUAAGUUUAUUGUUACUAUUAUUAUUCCUCUAUAUUAUUGAAAUGUUAAAACCAAACAGAGUUAAAAAUAUUAUUUGU